AUGUAUCAUGCUGUAUCCGAUAUAUCAGAAGACGAAACUGCCUCGACAGUGAAUCGUCAAGAGCAACAGACCCCCGACUUACUGCCGACAAGAGACAACCACGAUCAAGGCGUUGCCUUCAUCUCUGGGCCCCGCGAGCAUCAUGCUGUAUCAGACAUUUCAGAAGACGAAGCUGCCGAGGCAGCGAAUCGUCACGAGCAAGAGACCACCGACUUACGGCCGACAAAGGACAACCACGAUCAAGAUGUUGCCUUCAUCAACAAGCCUCGCGAAAAGGGAAGCUUUGACGCUGCCAAAUGGAUCGUCUUCUACGCCGCACUAGCUAGCCUCCCGAUGCUUUGUUUUUCAGCUGUGCUUCUGGGCAUUCUUAUCAAGAAUUGGAUCGAGACCGUUGAUUCAACGAGCGAUGAUGCUGUUGCUUUAGGCUACUAUAUAGUAGAUUUUCCUGCUGCUCGGCUGAUCUUUGUUUCUUCAUGGAGUAGCAGCGUUGCGCCCCGGCUAGCCAGCAUUGUGAUGGGUCUCUAUCUCUUCAGAACGGCCAAGGGAUUACUUAAAAGAUCGUCCACAAACGAAAUGGCUCGACUGCCGACACCAUAUCAAUUGGUACUCCUAAUAGGUCUGUCGACUGGCUCACUUGGGCAUCUUUGGAAGUACGUGAAGUACGGGUGGACAAGCAAGCAUAAGUUUGCUUCUUUGAUCAAAUCAACCGGUGCCGUUCUGAUAAUUUUUCAACUCCUCGGCUUGGCAAUUUUCGGACUUGAUUCUUUGCUUCAUUUUACAACCGAAACGCCGUGCAGCAGUCAUUUAGCCGAGGCUUAUCUAGCCGAUGCACUUCGCUCGACGACUUCCAUGAAUACCCAUGCACUUACCCUGUUUAACUUCACCACGCCGGCCUCGGAUGGAUCAGAUGCAAGCCUCAUCUUUCUUGGCCCAGCUUCCAAUUCAAUAUCGAACGAGCUGGAAUACACCGCCAGUACCAUUGGUGUCCAGACCUCCUGCAAGCCUAUCAGCCAGUUGUGUCAACUGAGCGCUCCUAUUGGAGCUGCUACUCCAUAUAAUUGCAGCUCUGGAUUCUACGGUGAUCUUCAGAGUAUAACGCUCAACUCGACCGCAACCUCAUGGAAGGCGAAUGAUGAACAUCUCGUCUUUGGAGCCGACUUCCUGGAUGACAACUUCACCCAGCCGUAUAACAAUUACAGCUCACAAGAAGAUCGCAGCGAUAUUUCUGUUUCUCCCGGACAUAAUCUGCCAAGUAGCUGGUACAUGGCUGUGGCAUUCCGCCUUGACUUCGGAGUCAAAAGUUCAAACAUUCCCAAUGAUCCAGAGAUAACAAUUCCGGUACAUGGUGGCGCUGCCUUCAUUUUGCGCUGCCAAGUAGCUACAUACGAGGUGAAGUAUACCUCAUUCAACGGAUCUCUCUCGCAUGUUUCUACCACACUUGCCAAUGGGUCUGUCGCGUGGCUAUACAACAGCGUCAUCCCAGCGCCGGGUACGCCUUCUAUCAUGAUAACCCAAGGCACCGACAUAGCAAUCAUGGGCAAUAGCUCUGCUGAAAUAGCCUCUGAAUGGGGUACGCAGUUCUCACGGGUAGCCGUAUCCAUCCUAGCUCCUGUUUACGAGGGUCGUUCAAACCUUGCCGAGUCGACGAUACGGUCUGCCAUUCUUACGCGUGUCCCGCGAGCUCCUCUGUUAGGCAUUGUUGUGCUAAACAUUGUCUUUGCCAUAUUUGGACUUCUUUUGGGCUGCAUGGCGUUGGCGUCCAACUCAGAGAGCGUUGCAGCUGUUGCUGGUGGAUUGAGUAUCGACGGCUUAGUGGCCUCAAUCUUUGAAGAUGACGGGGGCAUGGUUGAAGGAGCCGAAAUAGAGAAAUGCUUCUCUGAAAACGUGCAAGGAGGAGCCGUUAGGGUUGGACUUCACGAGGAACGCCCAGGUCAGUGGGACCUGGUUAAGAAGACGCAGUAG